UUGGGUGCGAUGCUGCCUCUGGGUGCUCUGCAACCGACAGCCGCCUGACCGACUGCAGCAGGGGCUUUCUGAACCCGAGCCGAGUGCUGCCUACACACACAAGCUACCAGCUCUCAUACUCCGCUAUCACGUACUGACCUAACAGUAUACGAUGUUUUCAAUGGACGCCGUUUCGCACGACAUGUUUUAAGUCGCAGUUUUCGAACGUGGAAAUGACCCCUUCUUGUCGGAUUAAUUUUUGAGGUACAACUGUGAUCUCUUCAUCACACAUCGACUGGAGCAGAGUCAGCCACUCCAUUUGUUUGCGCAUGCGAACAUCUCGUCGUUGGCAGUUAGCUUGGUAACGUUAGUCGAUGUGUCUAUCUUUCUGGAUGUUUAGUUUCCAUAAUACUGGAUUUAGUUUUCAGUUGCCCUUGGCAUCGAGCUAGCUUUAGAUUGUGUAUCGUUUUAAACACCAUUAGCUAGCUAAAGCUGGCUAGCUACGUGUUAUAACAAGCAAGGGAGAUUUUGUUCGUCAAAGCACAUCUGACUGGUUCGUUGGGAUACGGAAUGCGACUCGCUAAAUAACCAAACCUGGGCUACACAGGAGAAACCACAUACAUUUCUCCGUUUUCAUUCAAAAGCUACUAGUGUGGUUGCCAUGGUGGUUCUGUGAAGAGUGGUUGCUGGGCUGUGGACAGAGAAAGAGAGAGAUGAAGGGGGUUCAUGCUCAGAAUGGCCUGACUGUGCUGAAAUGGAACUCCUCUACCAUGUUUGGUUCCAGAACAGUGGAGCUGUUUAUUAUCUGUGUUAAGGGAGCAUGUUUGAGUGACAAGCGAAGGAGGAAGUGGGAUCUCUGAAGCUCCUCCCCCUGCUGGUGGAGUCCCUGUACAUCUGGACCAGAGACCCCUUUACUCAGCAGGACAGGAUGCGGAGGUUUGCCUACUGUAAGGUGGUGCUGGCCACCUCCCUGGUGUGGGUGAUGUUGGACAUGUUCAUCUUGCUCUACUUCAGCGAGUGUAACAAGUGUGAUGACAAGAGGGAGAGGGGCCUACCAGGCAGGGACGAUACAGUAUUGCGUCCCAGGGAGGGUCCAGGAGAAGGAGGUAAACCUGUGGUGAUUUCUAAAGACAACCAGGAGAAGAUGAAGGAGAUGUUUAAGAUCAACCAGUUUAAUCUGAUGGCCUCGGAGAUGAUCGCUUUCAACAGAACCCUGCCUGAUGUCCGCCUGGAGGGCUGUAAGAAUAAGCUGUAUCCAGACGACCUGCCUCGUACCAGUGUAGUGAUCGUGUUCCACAAUGAGGCCUGGUCCACUCUGCUGCGGACCGUCCGCUCUGUCAUCGACCGCUCCCCCAAGUCUCUGUUGGAGGAGGUAGUCCUGGUGGACGACGCUAGUGAGAGAGACUUCCUGAAGCGGCCAUUAGAGCAGUAUGUCAGGAGGAUGGAGGUUCCAGUCAGAGUGGUGAGGAUGGAACAGAGAUCUGGACUGAUCAGAGCUCGACUGAAAGGAGCCUCACUCUCCACCGGACAGGUGAUCACGUUUCUAGAUGCUCACUGUGAGUGCACCAUUGGCUGGCUGGAACCUCUGCUGGCCCGCAUCAAGCUAGACAGGAAAACGGUGGUGUGUCCCAUCAUCGACGUGAUCAGUGAUGACACGUUUGAGUACAUGGCUGGUUCUGACAUGACCUACGGAGGCUUCAACUGGAAGCUGAACUUCCGCUGGUACCCUGUACCCCAGAGAGAGAUGGACCGUCGCAAGGGAGACCGCACUCUGCCCGUUCGGACUCCUACCAUGGCCGGUGGGUUGUUUUCUAUAGACAGAGAUUAUUUCCAGGAGAUAGGGACGUAUGACGCAGGUAUGGACAUUUGGGGAGGAGAGAACCUGGAGAUCUCCUUUAGGAUCUGGCAGUGCGGGGGGACGUUGGAGAUCGUGACGUGUUCUCACGUGGGUCACGUGUUCCGGAAGGCCACGCCCUAUACGUUUCCAGGGGGAACGGGUCAGAUCAUCAAUAAGAACAACAGACGCCUGGCCGAGGUCUGGAUGGACCAGUUCAAAAACUUCUUCUACAUCAUCUCCCCUGGUGUGACGAAGGUGGACUAUGGUGACAUCACAUCUCGCUCGUCUCUGAGACAGAAGCUGCAGUGUAAACCUUUCAGCUGGUACCUGGAAAACGUCUAUCCUGACUCCCAGAUACCACGACACUACUACUCACUGGGAGAGAUCCGUAACGUGGAGACUAACCAGUGUCUGGACAACAUGGCCCGGAAGGAGAACGAGAAAGUUGGCAUCUUCAACUGCCAUGGCAUGGGAGGAAACCAGGUGUUCAGCUACACGGCCAAUAAAGAGAUCAGGACAGAUGACCUGUGUCUAGACGUGUCCAAACUCAACGGUCCUGUCAUGAUGCUCAAGUGUCAUCACCUGAAAGGAAACCAGCUCUGGGAGUAUGACCCCAUGAAGUUGACCCUGAUCCACGUCAAUAGUAACCAGUGUCUGGACAAGGCCAGUGAGGAGGACAGCCAGGUGCCCAGUGUCAGAGACUGCACACACACUCGCUCUCAACAGUGGCUGCUGCGCAACGUCACGCUGCCUGAGAUCUUCUGACUGCUGCACGCACACGCACACACACACACACACACACACACACACACACACACUGACGGAGAGAGAGAGAGUGAGAGGAGGGAAGAGGAGGAGAACAGAAGGGACAGUCCACGCUGAAUGGGAUGAAGCAGGGCUCUUCUAUGGCGGCUGGGAGAGAGGGAACAUGUUUGGACUCAAUGGAGGAGAGACUCAUACUUUUAUCAAGAGAGACUGGUGAUGUUUUAAAGAGAGAGAGAGAGACCUGCUCCAGGAGAGCCAUGAUGUUAAAGAGAGAGAGAGAGAGACCUGCUCCUGGAGAAACAUGUUGUUAAAGAGAGAGAGAGAGACUCACAGAGAGAAACAAGGUUCUGUGUUGCUCACACCUUCCAUGGACAAGGCAGUCUCCCCAACACUCCAAACUCAUCACUUAUGUUUACCUGUGUGUGUGUGUGUGUGUGUGUGUGUGUGUGUGUGUGUGUGUGUGUGUGUGUGUGUGUGUGUGUGUGUGUGUGUGUGUGUGUGUGUGUGUGUGUGUGUGUGUGUGUGUGUUCUCAAGUAAAGGUGGCUCAUUAGUGAUUUUUUUUCAUUGAGUUUGGAAAUGAACUCUGGUGAACUCAUAUGAAGGAAGGGGGUGUGCGUUUGAGCGAGCCAUCAUGUGUACAUGUGUUGGGAUAUGCCCUCCUGUUGCAGUAUUGUAUGACUGUGCAUGUAUGAGGACAGCCCCAUACAGCUGCACCUAGCAGUAUCUGUCUCCCUCUAGUGUUCCUCCCCUGAGUUGCAGCCUGAAGAGACAGACUCAGAGAGAGGAGAUGGAAACAGAGAGAGAGGGGGGACUCAGAACUCUCCAGCGAAGCACCAAGGAACAAUGCGCUGAACCACAAACUGAACUGAAUCCCUAAUUGACGGACUUGCACUCCUACAGACAGAUAUAGAGACAGAAAUAAUAUGUUUGUGAUAUACUGAGAUUUCUAUGUAGACUUUUUUACAUGUGUUUGUUUAUUACUGUGAGAGUUCUACAGAGCAGCGACUGUAGUUUAUCUGUCUGUUUAUGUCUUUAAGGUAAAGUGUUUAACAUAGAGCUAAUACGGCUGCUGGUUGACGUUUCCCUUAACCUCCUCAAAUCCUAACGUUAACCAUUAUGGGUAGGAAACAAGAACUGGUCAUAGAUCAGUGUCCGGAGGCAACACACACAGCCCUGGGCCUCUGCAUAUCUGAUCAUAUCACACACACACACACAUAAAUAAUCCCACAUACAAACACAGUAUACACACGUACACACAUACACAAACAGAAAUAAACACACAAGCUGAACUGGACUGUCACUUUAAUCUUCUCUAUCAUAUUUACUUCCUGAAGACGUCCUGAUAAAACACUCCAAUGGCUCCAUCCUCCAUUGUGUGUGUGUGUGUGUGUGUGUGUGUGUGUGUGUGUGUGUGUGUGUGUGUGUGUGUGUGUGUGUGUGUGUGUGUGUGUGUGUGUGUGUGUGUGUGUGUGUGUGUAGUACUAACCCCAGCCCGUCAACUCCACUCUUAUCAGCACAUCAGUUUAAUGCGAUUUCUAUAUCACGGAACAGCACAGUGGAGCUGCAUAAACUGACCAGAGGUCAGUUAAGGGCAGUAUCUCAGUUUCAUACAUUGACUUCUAUGCUUUGUAUCGUUAGAAUAAAAUGGAGGCGGUUCAGGAAUGCAGUAAAUGUUUGAUCAUGAAUGUGGGAGAGGGAUGUAAGGUGUCCUACAGUAUCUCACUCCAUAACCACACUUAUAUCUUUCUGGUCAACACAGACCUUUCUGUUCAUAUCACUCCUUUACUUAACAUUUCAACACAGACCUCUCUGCUCAUAUCACUCCUUUACUUAACAUUUCAACACAGACCUCUCUGUUCAUAUCACUCCUUUACUUAACAUUUCAACACAGACCUCUCUGUUCAUAUCACUCCUUUACUUAACAUUUCAACACAGACCUUUCUGCUCAUAUCACUCCUUUACUUAACAUUUCAACACAGACCUCUCUACUCAUAUCACUCCUUUACUUAACAUUUCAACACAGACCUCUCUACUCAUAUCACUCCUUUACUUAACAUUUCAACACAGACCUCUCUACUCAUAUCACUCCUUUACUUAACAUUUCAACACAGACCUCUCUACUCAUAUCACUCCUUUACUUAACAUUUCAACACAGACCUCUCUACUCAUAUCACUCCUUUACUUAACAUUUCAACAUAGACCUCUGCUCAUAUCACUCCUUUACUUAACAUUUCAACACAGACCUCUCUACUCAUAUCACUCCUUUACUUAACAUUUCAACACAGACCUCUGCUCAUAUCACUCCUUUACUUAACAUUUCAACAUAGACCUCUCUGCUCAUAUCACUCCUUUACUUAACAUUUCAACACAGACCUCUCUACUCAUAUCACUCCUUUACUUAACAUUUCAACACAGACCUCUCUGCUCAUAUCACUCCUUUACUUAACAUUUCAACAUAGACCUCUCUGCUCAUAUCACUCCUUUACUUAACAUUUGACUUAUCAUUUUGGUUUACCUCUUCUUUUUAGUUGUUUUGUAUCACCUGCUUUUAUCAGUUUGCCAGUCUGAGAGAUGACGUCUAUCAUUAACUAUUUCAACCUCCUCUGUUGGGGGAGGGGUUUACACACCGUUCUGACAUUUCAUUGGCUCAUCUUUGCUGUGGAAAUGGGUGGGGGGGCUUUACUUGACGGAUUCAUGUUUGAUUGAAUGACUGCGAUAAAGAUGUGUGAUUUCUGAUUGGUGGGUUUUGACUGUGAGACAGGCGAGGACUGUUUGUAUCUAAAGAAUCGACUCUUGUCGGGGAGGGGCGGGGUUUGAUUGACAGCUGUAUGAGUUAUAUCCAGGCUUCCAGACUGAGCUGUUUCAAACGUUGUAGAAAUAAAAGUCAGAACGUUUACAGAACACCACAACAACAA